AUGGGGGAGAACCGCGGGAUGCGCCUGACUCCCAUCCGCUGCUGCUGCCUCCUUUACCAGCUGGGGCUCCUGUCGCAAGGGAUCGUUUCAGGGCUGCAGCUCGCCCCCGACCUGGAGGAGUGGGAAGUCGUGUUUCCUGCACUCUGGCGCCGGGAGCCGGUGGACUCGGCCGGCGGCAGCGGGAGCAGCGCGGACCCGGGCUGGGUGCGCGGCGCUGGGGGCGGCGGAGGCUCCCGGGCGCAGGCGGCCGGCAGCUCACGCGAGGUGCGCUCGGUGGUCCCGGCGCCUCUGGAGGAACCCGCGGAGGGUCCGUCCGAGUCCCGGCUCUGGCCCCCGCCGCCGCCCGGGGGUGAGGAGGACGAGGAGCUCGAGUCGCAGGAGCUGCCGCGGGGAUCCAGCGGGGCUGCCGCCCUGUCCCCGGCCGCCCCGGCCUCGUGGCAGCCGCCGCCUCCCCCGCUGCCGCCCCCGUCCCCGCCCCCGGCCCAGCCAGCCGAGCCGGAUGGCGACGAGGUGUUGCUGCGGAUCCCGGCCUUCUCCCGGGACCUGUACCUGCUGCUCCGGAGAGACGGCCGCUUCCUGGCGCCGCGCUUCGCAGUGGAGCAGCGGCCAAGUCCCGGCCCCGGCCCCACGGGGGCAGCGUCCGCCCCGCGCCCUGCCGCGCCGCCCGACGCGGGCUGCUUCUACACCGGCGCCGUGCUGCGGCAUCCCGGCUCGCUGGCCUCUUUCAGCACGUGUGGCGGUGGCCUGAUGGGAUUUAUACAGCUCAAUGAGGACUUCAUAUUUAUUGAGCCACUCAAUGCUACAGUGGCCAUAACGGGUCACCCACACCGCGUGUAUAGGCAAAAAAGGUCCACGGAGGAAAAAGACACAGAGAAGUCAGCUCUUCACAGUCGUUACUGUGGCGUUGUUUCAGAUAAAGGAAGAUCUAGGUCUAAAAAAGUACCAGAAAGUGGACGAGGGAAGAGAUAUUCAUACAAAUUGCCUCAAGAGUAUAAUAUAGAGACUGUGGUGGUUGCAGACCCAGCAAUGGUUUCCUAUCAUGGAGCAGAUGCAGCCAGGAGAUUCAUUCUAACCAUCUUAAAUAUGGUUUUUAACCUUUUCCAACACAAGAGUCUUGGUGUGCAGGUCAAUCUUCGUGUGAUAAAGCUUAUUCUCCUCCAUGAAACUCCAGCAGAUCUCUAUAUUGGGCACCAUGGAGAGAAAAUGCUAGAGAGUUUUUGUAAGUGGCAACAUGAAGAAUUUGGCAAAAAGAAUGAUAUACAUUUAGAGAUGUCAACAAGCUGGGGGGAAGAUGUGACUUCAGUGGAUGCAGCUAUACUUAUAACCAGGAAAGAUUUCUGUGUACACAAAGAUGAACCGUGUGAUACCGUUGGUAUAGCUUACUUGAGUGGAAUGUGUAGUGAAAAGAGAAAAUGUAUUAUUGCUGAAGACAAUGGCCUGAAUCUUGCAUUUACAAUUGCUCAUGAAAUGGGUCACAACAUGGGCAUUAAUCAUGACAAUGACCACCCAUCAUGUGCUGAUGGUCUUCACAUCAUGUCUGGUGAAUGGAUUAAAGGACAAAAUCUUGGUGAUGUUUCAUGGUCUCGAUGCAGCAAGGAAGAUUUGGAAAGAUUUCUCAGGUCAAAGGCCAGUAACUGUUUGCGACAGACAAAUCCUCAGAGCGUCAAUUCUGUGACGGUGCCCUCCGAGCUGCCAGGGGUGACGUACACGGCCGACGAGCAGUGUCAGAUACUCUUUGGCCCACUGGCCUCCUUUUGUCAAGAGAUGCAGCACGUUAUUUGCACAGGAUUAUGGUGCAAGGUAGAAGGCGAGAAAGAAUGCAAAACCAAACUGGAUCCACCAAUGGAUGGAACUGAUUGUGACCCUGGUAAGUGGUGUAAGGCCGGAGAGUGCACCCGCAGGACCGCGGCCCCCGCGCGGCCGGCCGGAGAGUGGAGCGUCUGGAGUCGCUGCAGCCGAACUUGCGGUGCUGGGAUCCGCGGGCGGGAGCGCAGGUGCCCCGGGCUAGGUUCUGAAGCAAGGGAUUGUAAUGGUCCCAGAAAACAAUACAGAAUAUGUGAGAAUCCACCUUGUCCUGCAGGUUUGCCUGGAUUCAGAGACUGGCAAUGUCAGGCCUCUAGUGUUAGAACCUCGUCCCCAAAGCACGCACUUCAGUGGCAAGCAGUCUUGGAUGAAGAAAAACCAUGUGCCUUGUUUUGCUCUCCUGUUGGAAAAGAACAACCUGUUCUUUUAUCAGAAAAAGUGAUGGAUGGAACUUCUUGUGGAUAUCAGGGAUUGGAUAUUUGUGCAAAUGGAAGAUGCCAGAAAGUUGGCUGUGAUGGUUUAUUAGGAUCUCUUGCCAGGGAAGAUCAUUGUGGUGUAUGCAAUGGCAAUGGAAAAUCAUGCAAAAUCAUUAAAGGAGAUUUUAAUCACACCAGAGGAGCAGGUUACGUAGAAGUGCUGGUGAUACCUGCUGGAGCACGAAGAAUCAGAGUUGUGGAGGAAAAGCCAGCACAUAGCUAUUUAGCUCUCCGGGAUGCUGGCAAACAGUCUAUUAAUAGUGACUGGAAGAUUGAACACUCUGGAGCCUUCAGUUUAGCGGGAACUACCGUCCAUUAUGUCAGACGCGGCCUCUGGGAGAAGAUCUCCGCCAAAGGCCCCACCACGGCCCCUCUACACCUCCUGGUGCUCCUGUUUCAGGAUCAGAAUUAUGGUCUUCACUAUGAGUACAUUAUCCCGUCAGACCCGGUUCCAGAGAACCAGAGCUCGAAAGCACCUGAGCCCCUCUUCAUGUGGACACACACAGGCUGGGAAGACUGCGAUGCCACGUGCGGAGGAGGAGAAAGGAAGACAACAGUGUCCUGCACAAAAAUCAUGAGCAAAAAUAUCAGCAUUGUGGACAAUAGGAAAUGCAAAUAUUUAACCAAACCAGAGCCACAGAUUCGAAAGUGUAAUGAACAACCAUGUCAAACGAGGUGGAUGAUGACAGAGUGGACGCCCUGUUCGCGGACUUGUGGGAAAGGGCUGCAGAGCAGACAAGUGGCCUGUACCCAGCAACUGAGCAACGGGACGCUGACUCGAGCCCGGGAAAGGGACUGCGCUGGGCCCAAGCCUGCCGCUGCCCAGCGCUGCGAGGGCCAGGACUGCAUGACCGUGUGGGAGGCGGGAGUGUGGUCUGAGUGCUCGGUCAAGUGUGGCAAAGGUGUACGUCAUCGGACAGUGAGGUGUACUAACCCACGGAAGAAAUGUGUCCUCUCCACCAGACCCAGGGAGGCUGAGGACUGUGAGGAUUAUUCAAAGUGCUAUGUGUGGCGAAUGGGUGACUGGUCUAAGUGCUCAAUUACCUGUGGCAAAGGAAUGCAGUCUCGCGUUAUCCAGUGCAUGCAUAAGAUCACAGGAAGACAUGGAAAUGAAUGUUUUUCUUCAGAAAAGCCUGCAGCGUACAGGCCAUGCCACCUUCAGCCCUGCAAUGAGAAGAUUAAUGUAAAUACCAUAACGUCACCCAGACUGGCUGCCCUAACGUUCAAGUGCCUGGGAGACCAGUGGCCAGUGUACUGCCGGGUGAUCCGCGAGAAGAACCUGUGCCAGGACAUGCGGUGGUACCAGCGCUGCUGCGAGACCUGCAGGGACUUCUACGCCCAGAGGCUGCAGCAGAAGAGUUGACCUCGAGCGGACCGUCUGGCGCACGACUCUUUGCAAUUACUUUAUUUAUAAACACACACACUAGCAUGUUUUUCAGACCAAAUAUUAUCAUAUUACAUAUAAUUUAAUCAAAUUAAUUUAUUUUGGGGGGCCUGCCAAACAUCCAAUAUGGUGCUUGUUUUGAUUAUGCAAAUAUUUUUGAUUUAAACUAUAUGGCUUCAUAAAUAAUUUUAUAUGAAUAGUUAAGUUGGAUCCAAUAACUUAAUAAAAGAAAAAGAAAAAAAAAGAUCAUUAGACUUAAAAAAAUGUUUUUGUUUGUUAGGGCUCUCUCUAAGGUGCUACUUUCUCCCCAUCAACACCAUUCAGUUAUCCAGAAUGUAUACUAACUUAGCAUAAUAGUUUAGUUAUAUAUGGAGAGAAAUUAUUUUUGUUGUUUUGGUGUCCUGCUGCAGAAUUAGCCCAUUUUCUGUAAUCUGCAGGAGAUGUGUAAACAUAACAAACCUCAUAGUGUUGAACAGGUUUUUAGAGAAUGUAUUAUGAAUUUGGUUUAGAUUUAGAAACAUCCAUAGGAAAAAUUCUGCUGUACUUAUAAUCUUAUUUUAAAAACGGGAAACAAAAGUCAAAAUAAAGACUUUGAUCAUGUUCAUGAACAUGUACUUGAACACAAGUAUUGUAACAAUGAAACACUGUAAAGAUUUACACUGAAUCACCAUUGCACUGUUGAUAUAGUGUAGAGAAACCGUUAGAAAUGAUAACAUCUUACAAAAAUGUGUAUUAUUUUAACAUGUUGUUAUUAGAUUUUAGCUUUUUUUAAAAUAUUU